GGAGAGAACCUGGAAAACACGAUGGCAGCCUUUCACCAUGCGGUUAAUAUAGGAACAGACAUGUUGGAGCUAGAUUGUCACCUGACGAAAGAUGAGCAAGUGGUUGUGUCCCAUGAUGAGAACCUGAAGAGAUCAACAGGAGUUGAUGUCAACAUAUCUGACCUCAAAUACUCUGAACUUCCACCAUACCUCUACAAGUUGGAUGUCACAUUUCAGAAGGAAUGCCAGUGUGAGGGAAAAGACAACCGCAUUCCACUCCUGAAAGAGGUGUUUGAGGCAUUUCCAGAAACUCCUGUCAACAUUGACAUCAAAGUGAACAACAACGUGUUGAUCAAAAAGGUUUCAGAGCUGGUGAGUCACUAUAAGCGAGAGCAUUUGACAGUAUGGGGGAAUGCCAAUUACGAGGUUGUAUCAAAGUGUCUUAAGGAGAAUGCUGACAUUCCCAUCAUCUUCUGUUUGCAACGUGUCCUCCUGCUUCUUGGCCUGUUCUACACUGGUCUGCUGCCAUUCAUUCCUUUCAAGGAAGAAUUCUUGGAAAUUCCCAUGCCUUCAAUCAUCCUCAAGCUGAAAGAACCACAGAAGAUGACAAGAAGCCAGAAAUUUAUUAUCUGGCUAGCUGAUGCAUUGCUAAUGCGAAAAGCACUUUUUGACCACCUCACUGCUCGGGGCAUUCAGGUGUAUAUUUGGGUACUGAAUGAAGAACAAGAAUACAAGAGGGCAUUUGACCUUGGAGCAACUGGAGUGAUGACAGACUAUCCAACAAAACUUAAGGAGUUUUUACGCAAUUAUCCAGUGUAAAGAAGAAAACCAAGGAAGUUCUUGCAGAAUAGAUUGUGAGCCAAGGAUUUUCCUCAUAAAAAAAAAAAAAUGGAGCAGCAGAUAAUUUUGUUUGAAAGAUGUUAUUGGAUGAUCUAUUACCUUGUUGUCAAGUUGCUACCUAAUAUAAAGGUUGUCUAUUUAUUUUAAAACUUUAAUUACAUAGUUUACAUUUGUAAAUAGCUCAUUUAGCAACAGUGCACUUCAUAAAUAGUGAUGACUAGGAAGAAAGUUGCUGGAUAGAAUACCUGUAGAUAAUAAGCGUUAUCAUACCUGUCACAAGUGUUCCUAAGCAGCUGUCAAGGUGUGUCAGUUAUUCCAGUUAUAUUCUAGUGGGCAGAAACGAAAGAAUUUCUGAAGGCAUACCCUGUGUGUAUGUAUUUCUCGUGCUGCUUUUAGUUUUCAGAUAACUUGUAGGGCAAAAAAGAAAACCAACGCACAGGAGAAAUCAAAAGCAGAUUCUGUGGCUAGCCAGAUAGUUUAGCCUGUGAAGUGUAGUCAGUAGAGGCAGUCACUUUUUUACCAACAUUAACUCACUCGGUCAGUAUAGAUUUACUCAAUUAUUUUUACUGACGAGAAUAUUGAGCUUGAGUUGUAACUGUAUUUAGACCCCUUUCUGAUGUGAUGGUAAUACUGUGACUUAUUGGCCAAGGCCUAAAUACCGCAUUUAAGCCAGGUUCUGGGUUUGGUGCCGAGUUCCACUGCAAGGAUCUAGGUUUGCCCCUGGUUCUGCUCUGCCUGUCAGGCUACCAUGGCAUGGCAGUAGCUAGCUUUCCAGAAAGGAAGAUUGCACUUAUUACAAUUACACUUAUUUUGAAAUAGUCUUUUCACAAAGGAAGCCAAUGUUUUAGAAGUCUUUUGCACAUUUGUAGUUCUAAUAUCUGUUGGCUUAAUGAAUGGGAAGUUGGUUUUAGGGUGAGGGACCAAAGAAGACUUCAGUUUGGUCAGGAGUUUCAGGAACAAAUUAAAAUGUACCUGCUAAAUGAAUGCACCCAAAGGAGAUUUAUAUGCAUACUUAGAAAAGGAGCAAGUGUCAGUCUAGGAUGUGUGUAAAUUUUAGUCCCCUCUCUCCACAAAAGUACGUUGAAUAUUCAUUAAGUUUAUGCGCAUAGACAUGGAAGUAACUUUACUGGAA